AUAUCGUCUUUGGGUUUCAUCUCUGCCACAAUUUGAGAAAUACGACGGAUUCCACGGAAAAAUAGCAAUAAAUUUAUAAAAAUCAAGGAGAAUAUUGGCUAGAGAUGUCCCACAAGUACACGGAGCUCAUUAAGCUCGGCACGCAGUAUGCCCGACGCAUGAACUACCUCUCAAAUCGCAUUUUCGGUGAAGUGGCCCGCACCACCAACGAAAAGUCCAUGAAGGUGGUUCGCAUGUUCUCCGAGGAGCCCAUCCACAAGCGGGAUUAUGUGGUCAAUUGGUAUCCCCGGCACGUGGAGACGCAUCUGCUAAUGAAAAACCUGCGAGACUAUGGACUGUUCCGUGACGAGCAUCAGGACUUCAAGGAGGAAAUGAAACGUUUGCGGAAGCUGCGUGGCAAGGCGGCGCCCAAGAAGGGCGAGGGCAAGCGUGCCUCCAAGAAGUAGACAUAAAUAAAUACACAAAAACAAUCUUUUUAUUAAUCAAAAUAAAAACCUAAUCUGUGUGGUUGCGGGUCAACAAUUUGGCAUUGCCCGCAAAGACAA